AUGACAGACCCGUUGUCCGUUGCUACCGGAGUGGCGGGGCUGUUAUCAUUGGGGUUGCAAGUGACCGAAUCUCUCUUCGAGUUCUACACUGCCUACAAAGGUCAAGAUGCCGAUGUGGCUCGCACUACCACAAAGGUCGAAGGUCUCCUGACGAUAUUCCGGAACCUCGAGGCAGCGCUGCGGGAGCGGACAUUUCAGCCGAACGAGCAGGACAUCGUCAAGAAUAUCGAGUCGUGUAUUCAAACGUGUAAAGACGCCAUUGGAGAACUACAAGACGAGUGCAAGAAACUAAGCCGAGGUUCUGCUGGUGAUAUCAAGGGGUCUCUCAAAGUCGCAGGGCGACGAGUGGCCUACCCAUUCCGCAAAAGUACGCUACAGAAACUGGAUGAAGACAUUGGCGAGAUACGUGAUAACCUGUCACUGGCACUGGACGUGCUCCAGCUCAAGGAUCAAAAGAAGGCCCAAGACGACAUCGCCGACCUCAAACUGCUGCUCAGACAUGUCAGUGCAUCACAGCUCUCAACGUCAGUCCGCGAGUGGCUCAAAGCCCCGGAUGCGAGUGUCAACCACAAUGCUGCGUGCGCGAAGCGCCACCCAGGCACCGGCAUGUGGUUCAUCAAUGGAUCGUUCUUUACCACAUGGCUGAGGCAGGAUGGAUCCUUCCUCUGGCUGAAUGGCCCGGCGGGAUGUGGUAAGUCGCUGUUAUGCGCCUCUGCCAUUCAACAUACCUUUCGUCAGAAGCACUCGAUGGUGAAUGUGGGCAUUGCUUUUUUCUACUUCACCUUUAGUGACGAUUCUAAGCAAGACGAGUCUGCAAUGCUACGGGCUCUCCUCUUACAGCUCUCCGGUCAGCUUUCCAACGGUCCAGCACUCCUCGACCGCAUACGGACUUCGUCCACGGUUGCGACCCCUCCCACAGACUCUUUACUCGAGCACCUCCGAGAUCUGAUACGAAGGUUUCAUCAUGUUUAUAUCUUGCUGGACGCUCUGGACGAGUGUCCCCGAUACUCUCAACGGGACCGGGUCUUGAAUGCGUUGCAGGAGAUGAGGAAGUGGUCACUGCCAGGAUUGCACCUUCUAGUCACUAGCCGAGAUGAACUAGACAUUCGCGUUUCGCUGAACCCGGAUCAAAACCAAAUGCUGAUCAUGAAGAAUGCCGGAAUUGACCAAGAUAUCAGCGAUUUUAUCUCGAGCCAACUUGAGGUCGAUCCCAAACUCCGAAGGUGGCAGCAGCAUCAUGGACGAAUCAAAAGUGCGCUCACUGAUCGAGCUCAGGGCGUAUUCCGGUGGGUCGAAUGCCAGUUUGAGUCUCUCAGGCGAUGUCCUCGUAGCGAAAACCACCUCGAUCGCUGCCUCCGCUCCUUACCACGAGGUUUGGAUGAGACAUACGAGCGCAUGCUGUGUAACAUCGAUGAAGACUGCGUGGAGGACGCCCGGCGAAUUCUAACCCUACUAUGCUUCUCCACCCGGCCUCUAAAAAUACCAGAGCUUAUUGACGGAAUUGCUGUCAACCUCAAUGAGCCUGCAGGGCUGGAUCGUCGACGUCGUCUACAUGACGCAGACGACAUUCGCACUAUUUGCCCCGGCCUGAUCGAGAUAAGAUUCGACGAGGUUCAUCGGCCAUGGGGCAACCGGGGAUACGACAAUGUCCGAGUGACACCAAAUGUCCGCCUGGCUCACUUCUCUGUUCAGGAGUACCUUGAAUCUGAUCGGAUUACGAAGCAAAAGGCAGCGUCUUUUGCAUUGCAGAGUGGUCCUGCCAACGCAGAGAUUGCACAGAUAUACCUGGUGUACCUCUUGGAGCCCGGGCUGUCGCUGAAUUGGGCGAGUACUAAGAGGUUUCCCUUAUCUCUUUUAGCUGCUCAGUGUUGGUGUGACCACUACAGAAACGCUGGAAAUGCGAUGUCCUCCUUGAACGGACUGAUAUUGCGCUUGUUUCGCCAACCAGACACUCUCCACACCUGGAUGAGGUUGAAUAACGCAGACAAAGCACGUUCCUUUCAGAUCUGGCUUGAGCUUAUGCAUGAGCCAUGGUCCCCAGCUCUACCAAUUCUCUUUGCCACGUUUUUGGGGCUUGAUGGAGUUCUACUAGAGCUACUGGCUCUUGAAGAGAAGACUAAAGACAGGCGAGAUCUGAUAAAUAGCUUGAUUGGACGCCGGCCGCUUUUUGCCUUGGGUGUGGCAGCAGAGAAUGGUCAUGAAAAGCUGGUGCGGUUGCUCCUCGAUGCAGGCGCGGAUGUAAGUGCUGGACGCCACAGGGCAUUGAGGAGAGCAUCAGAAAAUAGCCACACGAGCGUGGUCAGAAUGCUCCUUGAUGCUGACCCGCAUCGAGGAGGGCUAGAUGAAGCACUCAAAGGAGCAAUAACUCCAUAUAGAGUGCACAAAGACAUUUCGAAGAUGCUUCUAGAGGCUGGGGCAGAUCCGAAUGGCUGUGUGGAGGGGUAUACGACUCUGCUAGCGUGGGCGUCAUUACUAGGCGACAAUGAGGCGGUUCAAUUACUGCUCAACGCUGGGGCAGAUGCCAGUGCCGUGGGACGCAGAGAUGAGUCUGCGCUAUUACUUGCGGUGCGAAACGGGAAUGAGAAUGUGGUCAAGUCACUCUUGAGUGCUGGCGCAGAAGUCAAUGCUGUAUCUUGUGACAGUACUGCAUUACAAGAAGCAGUGGAGUAUUUUUGUUCUACGAAAAUGUUACAGGUACUGUUAAGCGCUGGAGCAGAUGUCAAUGCCGUGAGUUUCAGCCGUUGUACCCCUCUACAGGUGGCAUCAAGACACGCUUGGCCGGAGGGGGUGAAAAUCCUAUUGAAUGCUGGCGCAGAUGUUAACCCCAAGAAAAGUUACAGAACUACUGCAUUAUACGAAGCAGUGAUGAGCUGCUCUGUGGAAGUGGUGAAGAUGUUGUUAGGCGCUGGAGCAGAUAUUGAUCCUCUGGACUUCAGACGGAGUCUUCUACACAGGGCAUCAAGAACCGGCCAAGGGGAGAUGGUGGAGGUCCUGUUGGAUGCUGGUGCAGACAUCAACGCCACGGAGAGUUCCCGUACUGCAUUACACGAAGCAGCAAUGCGUGACUCUACGGAAGUGGUAGAGAUACUGUUGAAUGCUGGUGCAGACAUCAAUGCCGUGAGCGGCCUAUUUGAUACUCCUCUCGAGAGGGCAUCGAGAUUAGGCCAGUGGGAGGUGGUGGAGGUCCUGCUGAAUGCUGGCGCCAUCGAUGAAGGGGGGAAAGCUCGACAAGCCCUCGAAACGAGAAUCCCGCUCAAGGAAGAAAAGUGGGGCGAGGAUUGGGAGGGAGACACAUAA